UUAAAACAAAACACUAUUAUUGAUAUUAAGCUAAGAAAACAAUACACAUUAAUUAAAAAGUAAAAAUUUAUAAUUAAAAAAUGCUAACUUUUAUCAGAAAACACAUCGAGUUUAAGCACUGGAUGUACUUGGUGGUAUCGGUGCUACUGGUGGUGGUGUUUGUCAUAUAUCUAAGCCAUGUCUACACCGAUGAUAAGCCUAACGAUGUGUACCACUUGAGCACCAGCACCGACAACAGCAACACCCAAUUUACCAUAACCAACUUGACAGGUGCUCAGGGGGCUGAGCAAACAAAACCAACACCUAGUUAUUACAUCGUUUCAGUCGUGGUAAAUCGGGCUCACAUUUACCGCAUUAUUACACAAACUCUCCUCACAAAUGAAAGCGAUUACAGUAUAGACUUUCCCGACUUUGGUCCCGACCACGAGAGCACCGGCGAUACCAUCACCUCAGUCUAUGUGGAGGUGUCGGUGGACAACGAGGUCAUGGGUGGUACGCCCAGCCGGUCCGACACGUGGGAACCGGUCUGGGAUUAUAAGGCGGUCGAUGGCGUCAAUGUGACCAUUAAUAGUGUGGUUGAGUUAACCCUAUACUACUUUAUGGGCCCGAUGUCUGAGCAAAUUGACCACGUGAUUGUGCCCGUACGCCAAUUGGUGAUCAUGGGUUCAAAUGGCCGCUCAGAGAGGGGUAGAUUAUAG